AUGCCGAAUUUAGAUACGAGUGAGACACCGGUUUCACCUAUUACAGAGACUGGGUCUCAUGAUCGCAUGGCCGGGGAUGAUGCCUUGUCCCAGGCUAUGUUGAGGAUAUUAGGGAGAGUCACCCCUAGCGUGGCCGAGUACUGGAUGGAGGUCACGGAAAGAAUCAUGGACAAUCUAGACCUUACCCUUGAACAGAAAUUGAAAGGGGCUAUUUCCUUGCUUCGCGAUGAAGCAUACCAAUGGUGGCUGACCAUUAAGGAGGGCACUCAGCCCAAACGACUGACUUGGGAUUUCUAUAAGUCUACUUUUCAAGGUAAAUAUAUGGGGGCAAGCUACAUUGACGUUAAAAGACGUGAGUUUCUAAAUCUCAUGCAAGGGGAUCGUUUAAUGGCCGAGUAUGAGGUCGAGUUUCUGAGAUUGAGCCGCUAUACACGAGGCAUGGUGGCGAUUGAAUAUGAGCGUUGUGUCCACUUCGAGGAUGGACUCAAGGACAGUUUGAGAGUUCUGAUAGCUCCACAGAGGAAGCGUGACUUUUCAGCACUGGUUAAGAGGCAAAAUCGGGAUAAAGAGAUAGGGAUCACACUUUGUGGGCAUUGUGGAAGCCUCUAUCCGGACGAAUGUUGGAGGACGAUUGGGGCUUGUUUAAGAUGUGGGUCUGUUGAGCACCGUGUUCGAGAGGGUUCGUUGAAGGACGAUCAGGUGCAAGCUGCAGAUAUAGGAUCUACGCAUUUCUAUGUUGCCCAUUCUGUUUCAAAAAACCUAGGGAUUUCGGUUGAGAGUACUUCUAGUGAGGUGACUGCACUGAGCCUGCUGGGGCAAUCUAUUAGAGUUAGUAAAUUGUACAUGCAUGUUCCUUUAGAGGUUCAAGGGAUGGUAUUUCUGGCUGAUUUGAUGGAGCUUCCAUUUAGGUAG